GAGGAUUUCAACAACCUCCUGAAGCAAGCUGGGGAGAAGCUGGUGGUGAGACUGUCAGAAGAGCAAGAUAACAGCAACGUGGUUUUCCUGGCUGUGGAUGUGGAUGAAGCUGACGAUGUGGCCUCCCACUGCAAAAUCAAAUCCACGCCCACUGUCCACUUCUACAAGAACGGGAAAAAGAUCGAUGAGUUUUCUGGCAGUAACCGUGAGACGCUAGACAACAAAGUGAAAGCCCUGAGAUAGACCGAAGUCCUGCAGACCAAUCUACACACUUUUUACAACCCCCCC